UUUAUGCGGGUUAUUGCCCUCUCCCUCGUAGCCCAUUGUAGUCAUCAUAUUCAGCUGUAAUUGCACUCUUGUGUCAUCACAUGCAGAUGAAGGGGGGCGGCGAGAGGUGUACGGUAUAUAAACAGGGAGCAGUCUUGGUCUCACUACCUUACUUUUCCCUCAGCUUGCCUCAGCAUCUCACGCCUCCACACACCUAAAACCACCAAAAUGGCCUUCGCUGGAAAUUGGGAAACAGAGAGCCAGGAGGGAUACGACGCAUUCUGCAAGCUGAUCGGUAUCCCCGAUGACAUCACUGAGAAGGGCCGCGACUACAAGCUGAUCACAGAGAUCACCCAGGUCGGCAACGACUUCUCCUGGACCCAGAUCUACCCCAAAGGGGCCAAGGUCACCAACAAGUUCACCAUCGACAAGGAGUGCGACAUGGAGACCAUCGGAGGAAAGAAAUUCAAGGCCACGGUGCACAUGGAUGGAGGCAAGCUGAGCGUGGACUUCCCCAACUACCACCACACCUCUGAGAUCAGCGGAGGCAAGCUCAUCGAGACCUCCAAAGCCGGCUCCGUAGUGCUGAAGAGAACCAGCAAGAAGAUCUAACUGCUAACUGACCUUUGACCUCUAAAACAGUUACUAACGGAGACCUCAACUACUACUGCAAUUAAUAAACUAAGAAUCUGAUACAAACAUGAA